CACCCCUUCUUUCCAAGCUUCAUAGCAUGGCCUCCGCAGUUGUUCGGUAACUCGACAUCUUCAUCUUCAUCUUCAUCUCCAUCUCCAUCUCCCCCUUGCAAUCUGGAUCACAAUCUCCAUCGCUUCAUACAAUCUCUCCACCGGCAGCCAACUCUACUCCAUUCCCAUCUCAUCCCUACUCCACACGACCACCUGCGCCGCCUGCUCCCCUGCGCUUGAACCCAUGUGUACCCACCCUCGGCGCUAAAAGCGAUGAACCCAGACGGUGAGGGCAGCCGUCCACGGGGUGCGCAAACCCCUUCCCGCCGCAAGCCCAAGAAGAAGCCCCGUCCAAUUCCAGAGCCCUACAUCGUCACCGCGCCUCCGAGCGCCCUGCGCGCCGCGGCGCCCGACGAUGCCGGCCUCGUUCUCCCCUCCACUUAUCUCCAGAGCAUGCGCAAUGCCCCUGCCUCGAGCAGCGGGAGGCCAAGCUAUGCGGCCAACUUCAUCUCCCCGCCGACCAUCAUGGCGACCCCGCAAGCUCCGAGACCCCCGCCCUCCCCAGGCCCGUCGCGGGGCUACGCGGCCAACCUCCUCUCGCCGCCGGCGAUCAUGCCUGGCGGCCGCGCAGGCGAGCCGCUCCAACAGGGGCAGGGGCGAUCGACGCCCCAGCGUGGGCGUCUCGGAUCGCAUGCCCACGCUAGCCAGGCAAAUCUACGCCCCGCCAGUCCCAAUCUUCACCCAGAAAGGCCGACCACGCCAACGCGCCGGCCCAGGCGCCGCGUCGUUCAGGAGUCAAUCCGACGGCGACAACGUUCUGACACCGUCAAUUCGGUAGAGGAGGGGCGCGCGAUCGGCCUCGCGCGCGGCGCGAGCAUGAGGAGGGUCAACCUCUGGGACGACCUUCCCUCUGAGGAUGUGCAGGGCUUCGAUCCGCCGCCACCAUUUCCGUUUCCGACUGCAUCUAAUGUACGCUCGCCACCAACUUUUGAUGGCCUGCCACCCAUUCCGGACUCGCCCCCACCUUCCUUCGAUGUUGCUCUCGCCGGGCCUCACGAUGCGUCGGCCCAGCCAGCACCCAGACCCCCAUCACCUCUCGCCCAUCACCCAGCACCCGCAGGCAUCCCAGCUGCGACAUCCUCUACACCAUCACACUUACCUCCAGAACCUCCUGCAGCCACAGGGUCAGCCUCGCGGCGCACUCUCCCCACGCCACCAGAAGUCGCCACCCCGUCAUCGGAACACUCGUCAAGUUCUGAUGAGGUAGAGGCGGACGACCGCGCGGAUCGCCGCCAGUGGAACGCCGACAUCCUCGCCGGGUAUACCCUCGCCGAGCGAGUGGCGCGCGAAGCUGCGCGCUUGGAGGCACGCACGCCACGGCUCGACUCACCGCGAAACGAGGCUGAUGCGCGACGGCGGGAGGCUGACGAGGAGCGGAGGCGUGAGGAGGAACAGCGAGAAGAGGAGAGGCGGAGAGAGGAAGGAAGACGGAGAGAUGAGGAAAGGCGACGAGAGGAGGAGAGGAGACAAGAGGAAAGACGGAGGAGGGACGAAGAGGAGCGCAGGAGACAAGAGGAUGCGCGAAGAGCUGCAGCUGAGAUGGCUGAGCGCGAAACGCGUGAGGCUGAUGCAUGGCGGGCAGCGGAAGAAGCGGCCCGUAGGGAAGCGGAGGCCGUCGCGCGACGUGCUGAAGCUGAAGCGAUACGUCAAGCAGAAGCAGAGGCCCAACGACGGCGACAAGAGGAUAUUGCCCGACAACGCAGGCAAGAUGAGGAGGCUGCACGCCUUCGCCGGCGGCAAGAAGAGGAUGAUGCACGCCGAGCAGCUAUGGCGGAGGAGGAGCGACGCGCCGCAAUAGCAGCGACACUACGGCAGGCACAGGAUGAGGCUCGACAGCGCGUCCUCCGAGCGGAGGAGGAGUUACGGCGGAUCGCAGCUCAUGAAGCAGCAGCGCGGGACAAACAGGAGGCCGAAGCGAAGGCUCGGCGUGCUGAGACAGCCGCGGCGGCCACACGACGACACGAGGUUGAUGCGGCAUUGCGCGAGGUUGCUAAUACUCACCCUGUAUCUGCGCCCGACUUUGACGCGGCCCGACACGAGGUGAUGCAACGGCUUGGCGGUCGAGAGACUCCACGAGCGGAGAUCGUCGCAGCUGCCAAGGAGGCGUUGACGAAGAAAGCACGCCUCGCCACUACGCAGCCAGAAGAGGGACUCCAGCCAACUCUGCCAGCGCAAUGGUUCCAUGGUGGCCUGAUACGCAGCGAGGAGCCUGGUGUGGUGUACGACCUCGUACCCGCAGCUAGACCCAAAUCGAGGUCCCCAGGCCAUCCUGCAGCGAAUCCGCCCAUCACGACCACGCCACCACGCUCGGCGAGCACAUCUCCGCGCGCCCUGGUCACGCCCACACGGCCGCUCUUCUCCUCUCCGGCCCAACCCUACACGCAUCGUGUUCAGCCGUCGACCGAGAUGCUUGAGAGUCCACCUCAUAGCCAACGACCCAAGGAGGAGGGGCUGGCGCUCAGCGGCCUCGCGAUGCCGAACCAGAGCGGUCAUAUCCCCCAGCAGGACCACCCUCCGUCCCUGCCGUCCCGCCCGCCAGAGGAGUACGUGAGCGAGUACCGCCCGCCCGUGGAGCCGACGCGCCUCAGCUCAACAGAGGCGGUGGCACCACCGGGACCGACUGAGUCGCCAAGACCUAUCUUCACUCCCGUACUCUCAACCGCUCCGUCUGCCUUUUCGUCGUCCCCCGCCUCCCCAUCUCUGGAUGGCUAUCCCAGAAGACGUACGACAUCUUCAUCCAGCUCGGGUCCACGACCGCAGAUACAGUCUCGCUCCAGCUCCGGCUCGGCGGCGGUAAAGAGUGGGCGUCGACUGAGCGGGCCACGCUCUCAGCCGUCCCAGGAGAGAGUGCCUAGUAUCCCACCGGUGCAUGCCGCGUCGAUGUCGCCGGCACUGCGUGCCGCCUCAACAGGAGCGUCGUCUUUGGACGUCAUAGUUGCAUCAGGGCCGCCGUCUCGAGUGACAACUCCUGUCCCGCCCCUGGCCGGGCAGCGAAGCGCGACCGCUCAGGAGGCCUCACCGGCUGCCGCAUCGACAGCUAUAUCAUCUUCCCGGGCGGACUCAGCUCCUGCACCUAGAGCUUCCUCUACGGCGGAGUCGGCCACCUCUCCUCGCCCUUAUGAACGCAGACCUACGCAAUCGCGGCGACAGAGCAGCAUCGUCUCAACAGACAGUCACACGACACGCUCACGCUCAAGCUCAGUCUCCGGCCCCCGCGCCAUGCCCAAGUCAUGUAAGUCGUCUGGCUCCGACUCGAUGACGAACAAUAUACCUCCUGUCCCUGCCAUUCCGCCACAGCACACAACAGAAUCAGGAGCGGCAGCAGCGCUUCAGGCGUAUAAAUUCCCUGCAGAACAGACAGAGCAGGCCCCGCAAACUCGCCAUCCGCGCCUCCAACUUGGUUCGGAAGCAAACGUCUCUUCGCGACAUGAAACGUCGCCAAUACGGCCGCCAAAGCGGAGCGACAGCCUCUCAGCGUCGGACACAUCGGGACACCUGCGCCGGUCAUCCCAACCGUCGGGAUGGAUGCCGUCCAGGUCCCCUGGGCACAGGGCUCAGAGUAAUCCUUCGCUCGACAGCCGCAGCACGUCCACUGUGCCGCCGCUGUCCUCUUCGUCGUCGCGCACGCAGUCGCCUGUCGUGUCGGUGUCACAAACGCCGCCUCUUCUGCAGCGUAUGGAGCAUGCGCACGCUCACACCAACAGUGAUGAGGUGGGGCCACCAGUACCGCCGAAGGACGAGACAUCCGUUGGCAAUGGAAGACCCACUGCGAGCGCUCUCAGCUCCGCCCCAGGCGUGACGCACCAAAGUCAGUCUCAGUAUGUGCGGAGAGAGACCAAUGAACCGCGGGAAGAGUCGGGGCACUUCCAACGCCUGUCCGUUGCGCUGGGCCGUGACUCGCGCUACGACCUGCUCAAGCAUGUGCUUGGCCCGACGGACGAGCAAGGGAGGGCAUCUCAACGCAACCAAGCACCCCCUCAUGCUGCUAGUGCGGAGAUUCUGCAGGAGCUCGACCCGCUCGUGGACAAGGGGAAGCGCCCAGCGAACGGCGAGCGGCCCAUGACCCAGGAGCUCAGCGGGCUCAUGGCGUCGUCGUCGGCCCUCCUUGCUUUCCUAGAGGAGGGCGCAGAGUCGUCGUCGCAGGCUGCAGCGAAGGGACAAGCUCGCCGCGCUCUGGCAGCAGAGCUGGAGCAACAGCACGAGAUCGAGCGCCGCAUUCACGAGCGUUCAGCCCCAGACUUGGGCCUGGACCACGCAAUCGCGCUGGCGCUGCAGGAGGCAGACCACCCGAAUACUGUCAAUGAUGAGGCGCUCGCUGCCGCGCUGCAGGCGGAUUCGGAGCAAUCGCGCGAGCCGCAGGCCGCCCCACAGCCGCGGUGGAAGGAAGAUUGGCCAACCCUCCCGUCCAAGGGCAAGGAGCGUGCACCGCCCCCUAAGCCGAAGCGUCCCCCUCCUCCGCCGCCGCCUCGUCACAUGCAAGAUGCUUCGGCCUCGGUCCAGAAGUCGUCUUUGGAGACAGGGAACGGUGGCGCUCUGCCCGAACCAGUCCAGUCAGAGCGCGAGCGUGUCCCGCCUCACAAGCGCGACACUCAGUACAUGAUCGCAUCGUUCCCUAUCCCCCCUGUGCCGAGCGGCUCAAACGUCCCGACACCACCAGCACCCCAGCUUCCGCCGAUAACGCCGUCGCGCCCACUAAGCCAGUUUCCGCCAGCCCGACCGGAGAGCCAGUUUAUCAUCCCCUCAGAUGCUCCGCCGCUCCCGAGCCAGCCUGUGCCGCCACUUCCAGCGCAGCUACCGACGCCAGUCGCUGCACAAGUGCCAUGGCCGAUGACCUUCACUCACCCGGCUCGACCUGCUUCCCGUCCCGUGCCUCCCCCGCCGCCGUCGGCACUCGCAAGUCGCCGCCCGCCACCUCCCCCGCCCGCGCGCCAGGGAGCAGAACAAGAUCCCCCACAACCUCAAAUCGCCCCCCUCAUCGAGCUUGACGACAAGGCUAUUUCGCAGAGGCCCUCGCAUCUCCGCCACCAACCGCUGCAUUCCAUCUCCUCGUCGUCGUCCUCCCUCCUCGAUGACCCGAGGCAGGAUCAGGAGGUUAACGGUCCGGUGCUAGCGCCACUGCACGCUGCACAUCGCCCUCGACCACGUGGACGCCGUGACCCUCCGCCCGUUCCGCCGCGGCCGUGGGCGCGGGUGGUUGGGGAGGAGUCAUCGACGCAGGAGAUGUCCACAGGUCCCGCCGUCACCUCUCGCCCUGAGGCCGAACAGGAUUCACGACGCGGCUCUACUGCAGAGACUCACUUGCAAAGGAAUUCCACUGCCGACCCCGAUGCCCAUCACACCUCCGCUGCCGCCGACCAGGGCCACAACCGCCUUAGUGUUCACCGGCCUUCCCUGCUCCGCACUGGAUCGUCAUCUUCGAGCAUGUUUGCCGGCCUCAGACUGGACGCUCACGGUCGUCUCAUCGAAGAGGACCGCCCUACCUCGAGACUCGCCGAGAAUGCCGCGCCCCCCGCUGCGCAAUCUGAAUCCUCAGAAACUCGACGCGUCUCUGAGCCGUGGCUCGAUGUUACCGACGUGGAGCUAUACGCAUCGCGUGUGAUAGACGGUGCAAACGAGUACGAGGGUUUGAACCACAUCAUCGAUUUCCUUGGGCCUGCUAAGGAGCCUGGCGCGACGCCUGAUGAGCUCGCCACCCUGGUACCCGCGCCCGUGGUCGUGGAUAGCCGUCGGGUCAACGCUGCUGGUAAAGUCAAGAUCAAGCUGAGCGUGCUAGGUGUGCGGGUAACCAACUGCCCCGUCUGCCUCGCACAGUAUCGCGGGGAUGAUGCGGCUGUCCUCCUUCCCUGUGGUCAUAUAUCGCACGAGAGCUGCGCGCGGAGGUGGCUGAGGGAGAGUAACGCGUGCAUGGUAUGCCGAAAGAGGUUGAUCGACGACGGCGGGUCUGGAUCACGACAGGCAUAGGGCAUGUGCCAGGCAAGGCACGGUUAUAAUGAGUGUACCAUUGUAUAAUUAUUGCAUGUACGCAUAGUUGAGACAAGA